AUGGCUCUUAAGAGUGGGUCGUUCGCGACCUUUCUCAUCGUCUGCCCGACGUGUUUCUUCUUGGGAAUCAUCUUCUCGCUUUUCCCAUAUGACUAUCCACUGCUCUGGGCUGGGGAGCCCACACCUCCCUCGCACUAUGACUACCUCGAAGCUCACCUGCGCUUCCUCCACGCUUCGCCACCGUUGAUUCCCCGUAUCCUGCAUAUCGUCAUUUUCGUCGGACUUGCCGGCGUGAUUACAAAGCUGUACAAACCUUCCGAGUCGAACAUGCUCUUUGAUGGCGCGAGCCUGGUUCUCUAUGUCUGUGGUGUGACUGUUUACAUUGCCAAUAUUGUCAAGGGACUUCGUCUCGUUACUGGCGGACAGUACGGUGUCGACUUGGCCGCAACCGAAGAGGACGCUGAACAAGUUCUUGGUCGGGAAGACAGUCUCAAAGUUCUCGCUGCUAGCAACACCAUUCUCGCCCUAAUCCUGGUCGGUGUGUUGGUUCUCCAAGCUGGACAAUGGUAUGCCGAGAGGAAGGACGAACAGGAAUCGGCGAAAUUCGACAAGAAGAGUGACAACCCGCCCAAGAAAGAUCGCGCCGAGUCUCCUGUCGCCACCCGAGCAGCGACCCGUCAAAACAGCAAGAAAAGGCAGUAG